CGGUAAGUUGUUUUUGUGUUGUUAAUCAUCUUGUGGUUUAAACGCUAUUUUUAAUUGUUUGUAUGUGAAUAUCUUCGUAUUUUCAACUUAUAGAAUGAUAUAAAACACGUAUUUUAGUUAAGUGUGUCCUAUACAAGAAAAUCAUUAAGAGAUUGAAGUAAAGAGACAUGUCUCAAGUUACUAGCCCACUAAAAAGACCUCAGCUGAGAGGUUUACUACACAGCGCAAUUAAAAGGAACUUAAUCAUCAUAGGCGUAACUCUAGUCACUGCAGGAACGGCAUUUCAAAUCUUCCACAACGAUGCGAGAAAACAAAAAUACGCCGAGUUUUACAAGAACUACGACAUUGACAAGGAAUGCGAAGAAAUACGUAAAAAGGGUUUAUUUGAUUCGUGCCCUUCCGACUAAAGAAGUCCCAUAGAAAGCCAGUAUCAGUACAGUAUUUUUCAUAGUCCAUUUCUCUUAUUUCUUGUAGAAAUUUAAUAAAAUUACUAUUUAUUAAGAAAAAA